UUACGACUUUGGGAACUGGCUCGUGCUGCUGAGUUGGCUGUCACUUCACAAGCGUUGGAGUCCCAAUGGGGGACUCAGGAUCAAGACGAUCUACGCUGGUCUCUCGGUUGCCAAUAUUUAGAAGAAGUAUUAGCAGAAGACAUGACUCCCUUCCUUCCUCACCCUCGUCCAGUAACACAGUGGGUGUCCACAGUUCCUCUCCUUCCAGCACUAACUCGAGCUCAGGUAGUACAGGGAAACGCAGGAGCAUAUUCCGAGCUCCUUCCAUCAGCUUCCACCAUAAGAAGGGAGGUGAAGCCAAGCAGGAGCCUACCAGCCAGAACCUCAGUAUUUCAAAUGGUGCUCAGCCUGGUCACAGCAGCAUGCAGAAACUGACUCUGGAUGAACAUAUUAAAACCAGGGGAAGGCAUUCUGUGGGUUUCAGUAGUUCAAGAAGUAAGAAGAUGACAAGGUCAUUAACGGAGGAUUUUGAAAGGGAAAAGGAGCACUCGACUAAUAAGAAUGUCUUUAUCAAUUGUCUGAGCUCUGGCAAAAGUGAGGCAGAUGAUUCUGGAUUCACAGAGGAACAGACGCGGCAUUCUGUUAAGCAGUCAACCAGGAAGCUACUCCCGAAAUCUUUUUCAUCUCACUAUAAAUUCCCUAAGCCAGUUCCGCAGAGCCAAUCCGUUUCUUUGGUACAACAGUCUGAACUCUCCCUGGAAAUCGCACAGGACCAAGAGGGAGAACCUGUAUUGGUAAGAGCUUCUCCACCUUGUUCUGUGGAGGCAACUGACCGGGCCGGAAGCUCCUUACAGUCUCCCUUACUUUCUGCUGAUCUCACCACAGCCCAGACACCUUCAGAAUUUUUAGCCUUGACUGAAGAUUCUGUGUCUGAAGCAGAUGCAUUUCCUAAAAGUGGAAGUCUGGCAUCCCACUGUGACAGCUCUGGCCACAGUGAUUCUACCUCCCAGUGCUCUCCCAAUCCUGCUGCUCUCACAAAAACCACAAUGGAGCUUGUGGGUGCUGGUCCCUGUGCGGUCCCUUCUCCUGUGAAACACAGGUUAGAAGGUCGAUGUAGCGCGGAAUUGAAUUCCUUCCCGGAAAACUCUGCUGCUCAUCAGAAGGAAGUGUUACUGCAAGUCACUGAGCUACCUGUUAGGAAUGUGAGCCGCCCAGAAACUCCCCUGCCCACAAAUACUCAGAAAGAGGAAAACACGGCAUUGCAAAAUGGUGACACGAUGCUGAGGACAAGCUCCCCAAGGAAACUUGGCUGGUAUGAGACACAUAAAGCAAUAGCUGAGCGUGUGAAAGGAAUGCACCCUGUUUCAGAUUCAAGGAUAAUACCUUCUUCCGGUGAUCACCAUUUUUUUAACAAAGCAUCAUAUGGGUAUGAAGGAAAUACUGCCAAAGUUCUUGCCAGCAGCCUCAGUCCGUAUCGCGAAGGAAGAUUUAUAGAGAGACGACUGAGGUCUUCGUCAGAGGGAACUGCAGGGAGCAGCAGAUUGGUUUUGAAACCCAAAGAUGGAAACGUAGAAGAAGUGAAUAGCUUAAGAAAGCAGAGAGCAGGUUCCUCCUCCUCAAAAAUGAACAGUCUGGAUGUUUUAAAUAAUUUGGGAUCUUGUGAACUGGAUGAAGAUGAUUUAAUGCUUGAUUUAGAAUUUUUAGAGGAACAGAACCUUCACCCCUCAGUUUGCCGGGAGGACUCAUACCACUCUGUAGUCUCAUGUGCUGCUGUCGUUCUUGCUCCCGUGGAACCAAUGAUAGAAGUGAAGAGAAGAGAAGAACCAAAAUUUCCUGAGCCUUCUAAGCAGAGUCUUUCUUUGAAAUUGACAAGAGACGUGGACCAGGAAUCCAGAUGUUCUCAUGUCAGCCGGGUGCCCAGCAGCCCAUCGGCAGAUUGGCCCCUGCCGAGUGUGGAGGAAAACGGAGGCAUAGAUCCUCUGCCGUUCAGGCUGAUGUUACAGGACUGCACAGCAGUAAAGACGCUGUUAUUAAAGAUGAAGAGAGUUCUCCAGGAGAGUUCAGACAUGAGCCCAGCAAGUAGCACCGCUUCGCUUCCGGUUAGUCCUCUCGCUGAAGAACCAGUGCCUUUCAAGGAUAUAAUGAAAGAUGAAUGUUCUGUGCUCAAGCUGCAACUGAAAGAGAGGGACGAGCUCAUUUCCCAACUUCAGGAAGAGCUGGAAAAAGUUCAGCACUUACAGAAGGCUUUUGCUUCAAGAGUAGAUAAAUCCACACAGACGGAACUUCUAGGCUAUGAUGGAUUAAGCUUGAAAAGACUGGAGGCAGUACAAGGAGGGAGAGAGGCUACAUACCGAAAUCGAAUUGUGAGCCAAAAUCUCAGCACAAGGGACAGAAAAGCAAUGCUUACUCCCACCGAGGACCGUUUUAGAUACUCAGCAGCUGACCAAGCAAGCCCCUACAAAAACAAGACCUGUCAACUGUCGAGUCUAUGUUUAAGUAGCUUCUUAAAGGACAAAGAACUAGCAGAAGCUAUCGAACACUCAAGAGGAACAUACGAAACCUUCUCUUCAGAGGUUACGCAGAAUGUACCGACCACUAUUGGGCAGAAGCCAAUGGCCAAGAUAGAAGGGCUCUCCACAUCCUUUGAGAAACCAAAGGAGCAAGCUGCUGCAUCCCGACAGCAUUCAGCCUUCACAGGCAGGUUUGGGCAGCCUCCCAGAGGGCCAAUCUCUUUACACAUGUACAGCAGAAAGAAUGUUUUCCUCCACCACAAUUUACAUUCUACUGAAUUACAGACUCUGGGCCAGCAAGAUGGAUAAUGAAAUCAUCCUAGUCUCGUCUCUAGAUAGUAUAAAGAUGGUUUGUGUUUCUUGUGCAUAGUUCAUAUUAAAACUGUCAUGUACUUUUUUAUUAUUUUUAAUUUGAGUUAUAAACAAAGACUUGUGGUCUUUUGUUAUUAUUAUUAUUUUAAGAAUGAAGGUUCAAGCAUGUUAAUUGAAUUAAGUUGAAUUGCCUUGAAGACUUGACUGUAUCUGUGUAUAAUAAAUGGGACCAGCUUGAUGGUUUAUAUAGUUGAUAAUCUAGAGGUAAUCUUUUAUCUCUAUCACUGAUACACAUUGAGAUUUCAAAAAGUAAUGUCAGACAGCACUCUGUUCACUGUCGGCAGUGUUACUGUAAAGAUAGAUAUAGAGAGGAAAUAGAUAAAGGAAUGGUAAAGAAUUUUCAAUGACAUAGUUAAUAGAGGAAUUUCAAAGUGUUAUAUUUGGUGGUGUAUUUAUUAGAGGAAUGAAGCUUGUUUGCAUGUAACCUAGAGAUGUUUCUGUCUCUCUCUUACAUACAUUCAAGCUUGUGAUACUAUGAAAAGGGGAAAGACUGUUUCUUUUAUCCUUAAAUGUUUCAUUUAUACUAGUUCUCAAAGGAUUUCAGACAGAGUAAUUGCUAGCCAAAUAGGGAAUGACAGCUCUGAUCUUUCAAACAAUUUUGCCUUUAGUUUCUGCUAUUGAUAUGGGAGUACCGCAGCAUAACACAGUGAGGUGGUGAAGGGGGCUGGAUUCUGUUACAUGACUCAUGAAGCAUGGUGUGCUGUGCUCUGUGAGUUCCCAUCAUAGGAAUAUCAGCAUUUUUGAAAUGCCAGAGAUUCAAUAUCUGAGAAAAAUAUUCUUUUACUUCAUUAUUCCUAUAUUUUUAAUGUGUAUCCACUUUUGGUUUUCAUACAUCAACCCAUAGAACUUGAUUAACUGAGGAACAGAACGUCAGUUUUUGGUAUCCUAUAAAAAUAUACUCUUGACUAUGCAGUCAUUUAGACUUAGAAAAAAAAAAAGUAAAAUAAUACAUGAACUUUGCCUGUGUGACCUUAGAAAUAAACCUCUACUGAAAUGUUUAAAAUUCAGUGAUGGCAAAUACUUUGACAAAUAAGGUCUAAAUACAUUAUAUACUUAAGUGCUCAUGAGGUAAAUCAGUAAAUCUAAAUAAAACAAUCUGUGAUUAGUAAAACAGUAUCAAAUGGUAGACAUAAAUAAAUAAUUGUAGAAUUGGGAAUCAGGUCUGCACUUUUCUUACACCAAGAUCAGAGCUGGUAACCAUAGCCACACUACACAUAGUCAUGCAAAUUGAAACUGUCAUACGCAGUGCAUGAUCCGUUUCCCUUGCAUUCCGACAGACUCUGUCAGCUUGCGCAAGUGAUAUGAAUGAAGAGAAAUUAAGACAGCAGUUUUAGCAUGGCAUUUGACUAACCUGCUUAAAUCACAGCUGAAUGUGAAAUGCAUCUCCCAAUAUAAAAAUAGAUGUGAGCGCUACACUUCAGGGAGAAGCAUUAGAUCUGCUCCCCAGUUGUAAUCAUUGAACUUUGAUCAACUUUCAAACUUUGUUUAGAACUGAUAGUAAGAAGGAUAGGGAAUGUGUUUUAAUUUUGCUUUUCCAAAAGAAGAACGUGCAUCAAGACAAAUACUCAUCAAAUGUUUUCUUUCUCUUGUGUGUUUAUAAUUCUGCCAAAGAGAAGAAAACACCCUAUAAUUAGCUUGAUUUAAUGAGACUACUGUUGAAAAUUUUCAUCAUACUUAAAAAGUUGUAAUAUUCAGGCAAAUAUACAUUAUGGACUGGGUAAGAUUUAAGGAAUUAUAGACAAAUUAUGAUUAUUUACUUGUGAAAUUCAGCUUGAUUUGUACCAAAAAUUGGUGUGUGUUGCUAGAAUAUUUUAAAUAUAUAAAUAAGUAAGCAUGAUAAAAUAAUCAAGGAUUUUUUCCCAGGAUAUGGAAGAGCUAUGUAUCACAAAUAAUGUUUUUGAUUUGGAAUUUUGGAGUUUAUAGUUUCAUUUUGCUGGAAGAUAGACUUUUGAAUUAUACUUUGUAAAAAAUAGUCUAUUUAAGAAAACCUGUCAUUUAAUAGACCUUUUAAGAGAUGUUUUAAACACUAGUAUUUUCUUGAAAAAUCUUUUUUAAAACUGGAACAUUCAAAAUGAAAACCUGGAUUAAACAGUUCAAUUUUAAAAGGAGGGAUAUUUUUUGGAAAUAUCAUCUUGAAGCUGUUUUGUAUCAGUAUUUUCAGCAUUGUUAUAAUAUUAUUUGUAAUACUCAGUGUAACUAAGGCCUGGAGAAAGUAUAAGCCCACUGUGUUCAUACAGAUCAGUAAUGUAAUACGGAGGUCUUUUGUAAGUUCCUCUUGUGUAGAUACCCUAAAUCAUAACAAUAGUGAGUGGGCAUUGUUUCAGUAAAUCAAUUUCUUUGUACUAAAAUCUCUAGUUUUCUAAGGAAGUUCCUUGUAUAGAAAUGAUUUAUACAUUUCUCCAAGGCCGUACAUAUCCAAAGACAUGACACCAGGGGGAAAAAGUGCUUGUUUUUCUGAUAAAGCAGUUGUCUUUUCUUUUCUGAUCUCUUUCUUCAGUGCAUGUGUGUGUAGCUAAGCCCAAGCAACCCUGUGAAAUUUCUGCUGCAGACUGUCUCUUCUGAAUCGAGAAUGUGUUUUAAAGGACACUUAAGAAAAGACAUUCUUUGAAGGAAAGCUGUUUCUACCUGAAAUAAAUCAUUCCCACUUUUGUAAUUAUUGGCACAUGAAAUGUAUUUCUAUGAACUCAGUGAUUUUUUUUCCAGAUAAUUUUAUAUGCUACCAGAGGUACCAUAAAACUACAAAUUAUCUCUUAGAUUAUUUCUAUUUCUUUGGAGCACCUUCAUUUUAUUCCAAAUGACACCAUGAAAUUGUUGCUGCAACACUAAAGGUGUAAAUCUACCAGUAUCAUGAUGCUCAGGGGAAGAGCCUAUAGCUACAUUACUCAAGUUUAUCUAUGUUUUCAUUCACUUAUGUAUAAAUAAAAUGGUCAGCUGAUAGUUAAACAAUUGCAGGCAUGGACAUAUUUGUCUAACUUGUUUACAAAAGUUUCCUGACAUCUAGGUUUAUGAUUGAUGUUUAACUCAGAAUAUUUUUCAUGAUUAAUCUCAGGCAUGUGUCAUUAUUUUCCGAGUGAUAAGCUCUUGUUGAAUUCAAAGGAAAUUUUACAUUUUGUUUUGUUUUUUUUUGCCUUUUGUGUUUAAUAGAGAUAAUACCCCUCUCCUACAACAAAAUAAUGUUAAGUUUUUGUUGCUGUUGUUAUCAUGUAUUUAAGGACCAUAUCCCUAAGAUAGAUGAUCACAUUCCAUCAGUCUUCCCAGGAAUUUUCUUAGUAAUUUAGUUGGUGAAAUAGCAGGAAUAGUUUAAUGAAUAGUGAUUCCUAUUUCUGAAUAUCACUGAUGAUUAUUUUCCUCAUCAAAAAAUAACCCACAGCAGUAAUUUGGAAUAGUAGGUAUAAUUUUAUAAUAUCAUUAUUAUAAUUUUAUAUCUCAAAUUUGACUCAAAUUUUCAGUUGUAGAACUUUAUAUUUUGAAUACCAUAGAAGUAGGAAGUCCCCCUAGGAUUCUGUUCAACCAAGCAGACAUGAAAAUGUAAAAGUGGAAGUGUACAAAAGUGGUGAACAUAAUUACCAUUCAUGGAACUAAGUCUCAUUGCCCCUGCAUAGAACCUUUUCCUUCACUGAAAUAUCAUCUUAAAUGCAGCACUGAUACUUUUACACCAACAUUUUAUAUCUAAGACAUGGCUUUAUUUAGGCAUUUUAAUCAGGUUGCUUUAUGUAUUUUCAUAUAUAAACAUUGAUGUUUUUGCACAAGAAGCAUUUCAAUCACACAUAAUAUUUUUUGGUAAUUUACUCCAUCUAGAAUAAAAACUUCUUAAAAUUUCUUUUUUCUUUUCCCAUGUACUGAGUCAGCCAUGUAAAUAUAGGCUCUAUCUAAUUGCGUGACAGGGAUGUUAGAAUAUAAAAACUAGUUUUGGUCUCUUAAGGAAAGCUGAAUUGCACAUAAUAUAAGUACCAACAGCCAAGUAACCAACAAAGAGGCUCACUUAUCUAAUAAGAUAUAUUACCAUUGCCAAAUUUUUCUUUUUCAAAUUUUCUUCUUUGCCAAAUUGUUCCACCCAUAGUCAGCACUACAAACUUAUCCAUGAGUUAAUUUAACAAUACGUUUUAUCUCAUCCAGAACACAUUUCUAAUUCUAAGGAGUGAAGCCCCAAAACAAAAGUCAAGGGACAGCAUUUUCUAGUUGCAUUAUCUAUGGGGACCAGUGAAGACCAUCUACCCUGUUUAAGAUCUAGAGAAUUUCUUACCAAAAAUUAAGGCACAGUAAAAGUCUUUAAUCAUGGAGGGGGAUUUUCUAGUUGCAUUAUCUAUGGGGACCAGUGAAGACCAUCUACCCUGUUUAAGAUCUAGAGAAUUUCUUACCAAAAAUUAAGGCACAGUAAAAGUCUUUAAUCAUGGAGGGGGAGUUUUUGUCAUUUGAUCCAGUGAUCUAGGAUGUGGGUGCGACAGUUUGGAUAUUGCUUGAUUGUGCCCACCCAAAGGUUCUGAUUGAAGGUUUGGUUUCCAGAGUGAUGCUCUUGGGAGAUCCCCUGGAAAGUCUAAGAGGUGAGGCCUGGCCUACAGAUACAGCUCAGCAUUAGAGAGCUUCCGUGGCACAUUGAAGUCCCUAGGUGUGAUGCCUGGAAUGAGAAGAGAAAUGGAGAGAGAGAGAGAGAGAGAGAAGAGAGAGAGAGAGAGAGAGAGAGAGGUAGAAAGACAGACAGACAGAGAGAGAGAAAGGGAGAGAGAGAGAGCGCCAACCUAAUAGGAAGUCCUUAGAUCGUUUAAGGCAUACCCUUGAAAAGUACCUGUCAUCUGAUCUUUGGAUCUUGUGAGAGAGUGAUUAUAAAGCAUCAAGCACGGUCUCUCUCUUCUUCCUGUCUUACAAUGUGACUAGUCUCUACAAUACUACUGUUGCCAUUAACCAGUUGCCAUGAGGUUAUCACCAGAACAAAGCUCAGGUAGUUUGUCAUGCCCUUGAGCUUCCAAAUCUCUAAGCUUCAUAAACCUUUUGCUCUUCAUAAGUAGCUUGUGUCAGGUAUUUUGGUGUACUAAUAAAAUACUGAGAAAUGUGGUGGAAUAUCAAGGUUUUCUCUGGAGAAGACACAGCAACUUUUCCAAUUUAAUCUAAAAAAUAUAUUUUUUUUCUUAAAACUGAAAAAAUGGAGCCUUCUACAUCUUGUCAUCUUUUCCAAAUAUUACUGCACCCCACUAAUAAGCCCUUCAUUCGAAUAAAGUAUUAUAGACUGGGCAGCUGAAGCAGCUUUAUUGCUUGCAGUUCCAAUUUGGGAGGCUGGAAGUGCAAGACCAAGGUGCAAGAUGAGCCAGUUCCCAAUGAGGAAAUGUGCAGUGUACCACUUUCUUGCGUCUUCACAGAGUGCAGAAUAAAUUCUGGUCUCCUCCUCUUCUUAAAAUGACUCUAACUGCAUCAUAAGAGCUCCACCCUCAGGGCUCAUCUAAACCUAAUUACCUCCCAAGGGCUGCACCUUCAAACCAUCAUAUCGGUACUAGAGUUUUUACCCUGGAUUCUGUGGGCAACACAUUCAAUACAUAGCAUUCAUUUUCAUCUCACAACAAUCUAGUGAGGGAGUUACCGUUUCAUUCUUUCAUAGAUUAGCUGAGAGAACUGAGGGACUUUGCAGAAGACAUUCAACAUGUGUGUUUAAAUCAAAGUUACUCCAUAGCCUUAAUCUUUCCAUUUAUAUCAUGAUUAAAUCCAGAAAGGACUCUCUACUAAGGAGACAGUGUGUUUCAGACAAACAUAGGCUGCCUUAGUAUCUUUUCCUCUUAAAAUUCUGUUGAUACUGCUUUGAAAGAAAAUUGGAGCAACAUUUAGGUUUAGAAAAAAAUUCAUUCUCCAGCAUUUUUUAAAAAUUAUUGAUGUAUACAUCAAUUCAUAGAGAAGUCUGAGAGGAAUGCUCUUCUAUUUUAAGCUUGCCUCCUAGAAAAAUGGACACCCUAAAUUUCUUUUCUUGAGAGCAGUCUGGAACACUACUAGGAAAGGAUUUCAUGUUACUUUUUUUUUAAGUAGAGUGCCAACAACGUCUAAAAAAGGAAAACACACAAUAGAUGAAAAAUAACCUGGUUAUCUCAUUUUUCCCCUUCCUUUCUGAGAGUAAUGAUAUAGACAUCAUUGAAGUUGAUAUGUUGUACAUUUAAAAAAUAAGGUCAUUGCAAAAAUAGUUUAGACAUUUCUAUGUAGGGAUAAAAUUUACACGAUUUAAAAUUUUCUGAAAUAUUUGGAAGGAGUUGAAAUUAAAUGUGAUGUGCAAAUUUAAUUACUCUAAAUUUUCAAAUGAAACAUAGUUUAUUUUGUUAUUAAUCCUAUAUACCUAGAUGUUUAAAUAAAAUAUAGUCCUACCAUGAAUUUUUUCUUCCAAAACCAUGUCUUCAGGAAUGCAAGAAAAUUUGAACAGUAAUUAGAUUCUGCUUUUAGGAGGAAAAAAUAACACCCUAUAUGAUGUAUUCUAAAAUGUAUGGGUCAGAGGUUAUCAAUAUUUAUAACAAUAUUUUCAAUUCUUCAUCUCCAAAAUUCUAAAAUUUUAAUUGGAAAGAUAAUAAGUAGCAAAUUAUUCUGGAGAGUAUGAUUUGAAAUAAUAUUGAAUGUAAUGGUGUAAUUUCUUUUGUGACUCUUAAUAUCCCAAUAAAGACAAUGAUUUCACUUCAUGGAAAUUUUACACUUUGACUAAUACUCUGAGGGAAAAUUGAUAUAUUUAAGUAUGGUGAUUAGAGAAAUAUGCAUCCUUCCUCUGCAUAAUAAAUUUUAAAACAAAAAAAUAAAUUGUAUGGUACCUGA